CUGCCUAAGCAAAGCUCACGGUUCUUCCGCCACGCGUCUACCGAAUUUCGCUUAUCCGCUCCAUGCAAACGGCGCCGUCUGAAGGGCGGGGUUUCCGCGUCCCAUCUUGGCUGCUUCGCUUCCGAAGACGGUUCAUUAACCUCUGCCGAUCAUUUCUUCCUCUCCCCCGUUCCUCCGCCGCCAGAAAUUCCAGAAUGGAUCUCCGCGAGUUGAUCGCCAGCCAAACCGACGUCGCUUUGUCGCUGUCCAAACAAGUACUGCUGACGACCGAAGCCAAGAACUCCAACGCCGUGCUCUCCCCGGUGUCGAUCGACGUCGUGCUGAGCCUUAUCGCUGCCGGCUCCAAGGGGCCCACUCAGGAUCAGCUGCUCUCUUACCUGAAGACCAAGUCCGUCGAGCACCUCAACGCAUUCUCUUCCGAGCUCGUCUCCGUGGUCUUCUCCGACGGAAGCGGCGCUGGAGGUCCGAACUUGGCUUUCGCUAAUGGGGUUUGGGUGGACAAAUCGAUCUCUCUUAGGCCUUUUUUCGAACAUGUUGUGGACAAUGUCUACAAGGCUGCUUCCGAUCAAGUUGAUUUUCAAACCAAGAAGGCAGCUGAAGUUGCUAAAGGAGUAAAUGCAUGGGCUGAGAAACAGACCAAGGGAGUUAUCAAGGAAGUUCUUCCUUCCGGUGCAGUUGACAACACCACUAGGCUCGUUUUUGCCAACGCCCUCUACUUCAAAGGUGCUUGGAAUGACAAGUUUGAUGCAUCAGCUACUAAGGACCAUGACUUCCACCUCUUGAGUGGGAGCUCAAUUAAAGUCCCGUUCAUGACCAGCAAGAAGAAGCAAUUUGUUUCCCAGUUUGAUGGUUUCAAGGUCUUGUCCCUUCCUUACAAGCAAGGUGAAGACAAACGACGGUUCUCAAUGUACUUCUUCCUUCCCGACUCCAAAGACGGUUUGCCUGCAUUGGUCGAGAAAGCAGGCUCCGAGUCUGAUUUCUUGAACCGCCACCUCCCGCUGCAAAAGGUAGAAGUCGGCGAGUUCAGGAUUCCAAGGUUCAAAAUUUCCUUUGGAUUCGAAGCUUCCAACACCCUGAAGGGAUUAGGGUUAGUUUUACCCUUCUCUAACGAAGCAGACUUGACUGAGAUGGUGGAAUCCUCUGCUGCUGGAAGUAACCUAAGCGUGUCGAGCAUAUUUCACAAAUCAUUCAUUGAAGUGAACGAAGAAGGCACCGAAGCCGGAGCUGCUUCUGUUGGUGUCAUAGCUCUGAGAAGCCUGCUUGUAGCCGAGAAGAUCGACUUCAUAGCUGAUCACCCGUUCAUGUUCCUCAUCAAAGAAGACCUGACCGGAAUGGUGCUGUUCAGCGGCCACAUCCUUGAUCCAUCACAAGCUUCUUAAAAUCCUUCCAGUACAAGUGAUGGGCAUGUUUUGUAUGUAUAUCCACACUAACUAGUGAUGCUUCCAAAUAAAUAAUGUUCAUUUCAUAGCAGGAUUGCUCUCUUUAUGUUUAGUGUUGUAAGAACCACUAUUGAGCGUAAAUUUGGGCUCUCUGUAUUAGCCCUGUUCCUAUAGUUGUUUGACUGGAAGUUCAUGCUGCUGUUGCCUUUGUUUUGGGUAGGAAAUAGUUGAACUAUGAUUUGGACGUUUACACGUAAGAAUGUUGAUUAUUGAGAUGACUAUCUAUGGCAGA